AUGGGGAAGUAUCGCUUUCACGGGCUGUGCUUCCCUUUUUUAAGACUGACGAGCAGCUUUCGGAGGUGCCCUCUUUCAAAAAGGAGUUUGUUAAUUGCGACCGUAUGUGUAGUCUAUUUGCUUUUUGUGGUUUUACAUGUUGGAUACUCGCAGCAGCACUGGGACAGAAGGACUGUUAAGGACAAGUACCGACACACCCGUGGAUUGUAUAAUUUGGAGCCUAAUGGUGUCCAUCCAGACUCAGCGGAUUUGCAGACCGGUGCCAGCUUUGUGGUACCGACCCGGUCCAACGUGGUCUACAUAACGCUCAAGUUUAAGCGCCUGAAACCUGCAAACAUUAGGGGCACAAUCAGACCAAAACUGAGGAGAAAAGUGAGAAGGAAUAAAACAGCCAAUUCAGCUUUUACGCAGAACAAACUUGGCUCUUUGGAGCGGUACGCGGGCCAAAUUAAGCCCAACUUUGAACCCAAGACUUCCUGGAGAGAAAGCAGGGAUGUUGAUUAUAAAUCUUUAGAUAUAAUCCCGAAAUCUCAUAAAGGCGAAACCGCAGACUCUCAAAUCAGUUCUAUCAGAAUUUACAGCCAAAGGGCACCGCCAUGGUUCAGCCCACAGGACGUGAAAGCCAUGCGCUUUCUUGCGGAUGCCAAAGUUUUGCGCAUCAGAGAAGUUUCUCACGGAGGCUCUCCAUCACUUCUGAUAUUUGAGGGCGAGACGAGGGUUUCACCGACCAGCCAAAACCACACAACACCGAACAAUGUGUGCGCAGGGCAGUGUGGAGUCAUCAACAGUCCCGUGGACACUACUGAGGUCUUUGCUUUCCACUUGGACAGGGUGCUGGGGCUGAACAGGACAUUAGCAGCUGUCAGUAGAAGAUUCAGAUUUUUCCACGAUGGUCAGCCCUGUCCAGUGGUGUCAUGGGAUGCAUCGCUGUACCCAGAGGGCCUUGCUGCAGGCUGGGCCACUGUGAGGUUAACAUGGGGGGACUACCAGAGCUCCCUGAAACAAAGGUGUUGGCAUAAAAACAUCAGCCCAAAGCCCGACUCUGGCUGCUCCACUAUUCAUCACUACGAGUGGAGCAAGCUGGCUCUGUUUGACUUCUUGUUACAGAUUCACAACCGUCUGGAUCAGAGCUGCUGUGGGUUCAGGCCCCGGCAGGAAGAUGCAUGUGUGGAACUCGGCCUCCAUGCCGAAUGUGGGAGCCAGGACCACAUACAACUGGCAAACAUCAUCCACAGGGGUCACGACCCCAGACACCUGGUCUUCACCAACAACAAGGGGUUCUUCGACCGCAAUGAGGACAACUUGGACUUCAGGCUGCUGGAGGGAAUCAAGGAGCUUCCAGAGCAGGCAGUAUCAGUGCUGAGGAGCAGGAGGCUGAGGGAGAAACUCCUCCAGUCUCUGUUCCUGGACCAGACGUACUGGGAGAGCCAGGGCGGGCGACAGGGCAUCGACAAGCUGAUUGAUGUGAUCGAGAGGCGGGCGAAGGUCCUCCUCACCUACAUCAACGCCCAUGGGAUCAAAGUCAUCACAAUGAAUGUGUGAGGAGGCUUACACCAAUCAAGAGUGAAAUUACUUAGACACAGACAUAGUCAAUUAACAGUCUGAUCCCUGUGACUUUAGUAUGUCCUUUUAAAAGACACUGGAGCUUUGUCCACUUACAUUUUCUAAGGUUAUCUGGAUAAAAACAUCAGCUAAUGAGAAAAAAUGUUACAUAUAAUGUAAGUUAUGCAAAUUGUUUAAUAUUGUUCUGUAUCACAAGAGUAUGAGAGCACAUGCUGUCAAGUACAAGUGACCCUAAUCCUCAGGAAAAAUGAAACAGGAUUCAUUAAUUUAUAUAUUUUAAAAAAUAAUGCUAAUGAAGGACUUAUUAUAAAGUUGCCUCUGUAAUAGCAAACCAUUCAAGUAAUGUCUGGGUAAUCUAUCAACAUCUAUAAACCCAUGAGAUACUGAGAGAUUUUUUUAAUUUGACUAAUUUUGAUAUUUACAGAGAGCCUAACUUUUACUUAAGGAAACUAAUUAGGUUUACUUCCUUCUUUCGAGUCUUUAUUUCUUUCUCUCCCAGAGGCCGAUGUGCUUUUGUCAUUAUGUAAAUACAUGCUGCAGUUAUAACUCCUUUAUCCUUCCGAGGCCUUCCAGUGCGUGUAAUUUGCAUUGUGUAUGAUGGGAAUGCACUACAUGAUAAGUUAUUUUCUCCUCCGCUCCUCCAGUGGGUGGCAAGAAUUAAGAUGUCAGUAAAGCCUCUUCUUAUUAAGAAGACACAGCCUGGAUCCACUCGGCUUGACUGGCAUCGUGCAUUAUUACACUGAAAAAAGAUUUCGAUUUUAAUGAGUUAUUUAAUCUCGUAUCUCUUGUGUACAGUCCUAAAAAAAUGUUUUUGCCUUUUAAACAAAACCAUUAAGACGCUUUACUUGUUUUCAGUGUAUCCUCGCCUGUGUAAUUUCAUGCUUUUAAGAUUCAGUACAUCACUCUCUGUAUUAUCAUCAACAUUGCAUAUUAUGAAACAUGUUUGGAAAGAACAGGCAGUGGCAGUGACUGUACAUUAUAAACUGAAGAUCUUUCAGUAUGAGGAGUCAGACGGUGCUGUUCUCUUUUACAUGCGCCCUUUAUUUCAGUUGGACUACAAAAACUCCUUCUGUCAUAACCAUUUUCAUUGUAUUUAUUUAUUUUUUUGUACUUUCUUUUCUAAUUAUUGAAGACGUUUGAGCAUCAGAUGGUCAAUAAAG